CAGUCUGAACCCGGCAGUGCUGCUGCUGCUGCUUUUCACUCAGUCCGUGUAGACUAAUACAGCUGGCGCGUGGGAAAAGAUUUGGGUGCAGACUACGACAUAUUUCUGUCACCUCAUACAUGCGGCUCUGAAGCACUCUAUCAUUGAUUAAGCGCUGUUGGUCUGACAGCAGAGCAAAGUGAAGGAUGAAGUAUUUGAGAUGCUGGCUGCCAGCAGUGGCCCUGCUGCUUAGCGUGGCAGGAGUUGACAUGGAGCAUCUCCAAGCUGAGAACCUGAAUCUCAUUCCUCCAGAUGAGCAUAACUUGAUCCUGAACCGUGGCAUGAGAGUGCUGCCCAGAGACUGCCAUGAAAUGCUGAUAGCCUCCUCAGGCCAGGCCAGAGACGGGGUGUACCUCAUCCAACCAGGGGAGUCCCCCAUCGUAGCCUACUGUGCCAUGCAGGAGGGGGGCUGGACCGUGGUGCAGCAUAUCACCGUCAACAGCAGCGUCAAUUUCGACCGUACCUGGGAUGACUACAAGCUGGGCUUUGGGGAUGUAACCGGUGAUCACUGGCUCGGGAAUGAAUACCUUCAUCAGCUCACCCGAGGCCCUGGGCGCUAUACACUGGGAGUGAAAUUAGUGGACCGAGACGCCAUCACUAAGAUGGGGGAGUACGAUCCAUUCCUGGUGGAGGAUGAAUCAUCAGCGUACAGACUGAGGCUGGGGUUGUUCCAGGGCACAGCUAUAGACGCUCUGACCCUGGAUACAGAGAACUACCUCCACGACAACCAAAGAUUCACCACUAAAGACAGAGACAAUGACAACUAUUUCCAAAAUUGCGCUAAGCUGGAGUUUCAGGGGGUGCCAGGAGGAGGCUGGUGGUACGACGCCUGCGCUGGUGCCAACCUCAACCGCAGGAAUGUCAUCUACUGGCAAAAGGACUGCAACAAGGAGCGACUGUGCAAGUACGCAUGGAUGAUGGUGAGACCUUCGGACACAGUUAAACUGAUUCACAGUGGAGACUGCAAGAAGGAUGAGCUCUAAGGGUUCUUAGGAUCCCUGAUUGACUGAAUGACACGGCAGCUGUUGAGCGCUAAGACUUUAGGUUUUUGUAUGUUUUCUUUGCAACAAACGCUACAGCAGGCUACAUCGGUCAUUUUCUCCUAAUAGCCAUGAAGCUGGACAUUCAGUUCACCACAUUUUAUUCAGAAAUGCAUGGACAUGAUCACAAAAUACUGAAAAGAACAACAACUGAAUCACAAACUUGGAACACAGUAUAAAAAUGCAGUACAGUUUUAGCUCUAGCUUUGUUUCCAUCACACAUUGCCAUCAAUACAUGGAGCAAAGAAUCUCUUUCAUUCCCCAAAUUACAAGUGCAGAUUUCUGGUUUAUCACAGUUACAAAAAAGUGUCUUGUAAGUGACGUUGUAGCUCGUGACACAUGUAAAAUAUAUUUUGCUUCUCAUCUUCCAUCCACUGGUUACAGAACAGUUCACAUACGCUUUUUUUUUCUUUUUUUUUUUUUUUGCCACAGUACAUUACAAGUUUGCCAGAAAUACAAUGAAGAUAUGAUGAGAUAUUGAUUUAGCUACAGUAAUUCAGAGAAAACAAAUACUGUAUAUCAAUACUAAAGAAAAAUAAAAUAUCCUGAGGAUGAGGAUUAAUAAACAUACAAACAUACAAGAUCAUAAACAAUGUGUGCGCUGAAAUCCUCCAAAUGUUUCUGACAUUGUUUAGAAAACCUGUCAUGUACUCUGUGUAAAAUUAAAUAAAACGUCUUUUAAGGCUACAGGGAUUGUAGCAUAGACCAGUAGGAUUCAGUUUGGACUUAUUAAUUUUUGGAAUUGAAUUUAGGGAAUCAUUACUCUUUAUUGUUCCACUGAGAUUUAGCAGGGCAGGAA